GAUUUUUGACCAAUCUUCACCGAUUCUUGGCCAAUUCUUCAGCAAAUUCUUCGUCGUUCCCUCAAAAUGCCACAUGAUACACAAUUUAUGCUUGGUCUGCCUACCCAGCACUAUGUUAUCCACGUGUGGGGCUCCCGUUCUCAGGUACCUACUUUUUCGUACCAAACCAACACCAAAUCCAGUUCAGUUACGCGCGGAUUACAUCUUUGCCAAGAAUCGAAAUCUUGUCUGAAAGCACGCCAAGGGGCAAUUCAACGGAUCUGAUUGCCGCUAUUCCCCCCCAUUGUCUACGACAAUUUCGAUAAGGUCUCCAUCGGCAAUGUAGCUAUCGACUUCUUCUCUCUCUCUUCUUUUUGUACAUAUGUAUAUACACCAUCUCGAGACAUCUCAUUUGCGCGACAGGACCGAGACAAGCGCGUGGUCAAAUUCCCAACCAACAACUGCCGAUCUCCACUACUUCUAGUACGUAGCCUCGUCGCCUCGCGGCGCCACGAAAAAGUUAUAUAGAUUGUCGUGCGCCGACAAGCGCAGUACGACAACAACCGCGGCGCCAGCGAGCUAUGCUACCCUUCAAGCCGCCCCUGCGAGCGUUGAUGCUCUUCGUCGCCGUCUCGACUGCCUUCCUCUACUUCGCCCUCUACCGCCACGACUUAGAUUACAUCACGGCCAAGAUCCUCCCCCUUGGGAAGACAGAUAAGCUUCCCGAGGGCACCAACCUCGACGACAAGGCGUCGUUCAUUCAGGCCUUCCUUGAGCAUGAGAUUGAUGGCCCCUUCGACCCGGCGCCGAUACAGAAGGUCUGCGCGAGCAAGAAAUGGAAUGACAACUUGACUAUUGUCUGUGGCGCGCCCCAGGGGGGAAUUGGCAACGUCAGGAACGUCUUCCUGACCUGUUUGCGUUAUGCCAUUGAAGCAGGAGGCGCUUUCGUAGUCCCGGAGAUAGUAGGGCGCGACGCCGACGACCUCUCCAAGCUCACAACAAACAACACCGUCCCCUUCGACUACUUCUUCGACCUCGAACACUUCAAGGCCUCCCUCGCACUAGCCUGCCCUCAAAUGGCCCUCCACACCACCGCCCCAGGCGACCUCUCUCUCAACCCCCCCAUCCACCUCUCCCCCCAACACCUCCUGUCCGAAACCUUCGCCGCGACCGUGAUCCUCCGCCCCGAGAAAUGGCGCCCCGCCUUCGACGACUGGCUCUCCGAGCACCCCCCUAUCUCCCCCGGCCGCUCCACCAUCUCCCUCGCAACCCCCCUCCUCAACUACCCCAUCUACUCCGACCCCGCCCCAUUCAUGACCUCCUUCGGGCGCCUCCUCCGCAUCCGCGAGCCGUCGCGCCGCCUCGCCGCUGCAGCCGUCCACGCCUUACGCACUAAACACAAUAUCCCCAUAACCCCCAUCGGCAUCACGUCCUCCGCCUUCUUCGGCGCGCACCUCCGCGUCGCCGCUGACGCCACAAAGGCCGGCUGGACGGGCUACGACCAGCAAGCUGCCUUCCUCCUCGACUUCGCGGAGGAGGUCAAGCUGAAGACGCUAUACGUCACGUCUGAGUCCAAACCCGCUGAGACGUUCCGCGCGGACGCCACGAAGCGCGGCGCGGUCGCCCUGGCGAAGGAAGACCUCCUCGAUGAGGCGGAGACGAAGGCGCUGCGCGCUAUGACGUGGGACCAGCAGGCGCUGGUGGAUUACGAGGUCCUCCUCCGCGCGUCUUCGUUUGGGGGCAUUGAGCUGAGCAGUUUUGCGUGGAAUGUGGCGCUGAGACGGCAUGUGGUUAGUAGGAGCGGGAGGAAGGCGUGGGAGGGCGUUAAAGAAGGGGGGGGGAUGAAUUUUAAGGAUGAGUAUAGUAGGUUGAGGGGGGAGAAGGGGGCGCAUCAGCUGUUUGUGGAGGCGAUGUGGCCGUGA